GAGCUCUUGAACUAAAUCUGGAAAAUGGUGUUUGAGAAGUCACCAGAUGGUGGAUGGGGCUGGGUUAUAGUACUCGUCUCCUUCUUUACCCAGUUCCUGUGCUAUGGAUCUCCGUUAGCUGUUGGAGUUUUAUAUUUAGAAUGGCUGGACACUUUUGAAGAAGGGAAAGGAAAGACUGCAUGGGUUGGAUCCCUUGCGAGUGGUGUUGGUUUACUUGCAAGUCCUGUUUGCGGUGUGUGCGUCUCUGCAUUUGGGGCAAGACCUGUAACCGUCUUCAGCAGCUUUAUGGUUGCUGGAGGACUGAUGAUGAGCAGCUUUGCACCUAAUAUCUACUUCCUGUUUUUUUCCUAUGGAAUUCUUGUUGGACUUGGGUGUGGCUUACUGUAUACCGCAACAGUAGCUAUUACAUGCCAGUAUUUUGACAGACGCAGAGGCCUCGCACUUGGCCUCAUUUCAACAGGAUCAAGUGUUGGACUUUUUAUAUAUGCAGCUUUACAGAAAGAAUUAAUUAAACUUUAUGGAUUGGAAGGAUGUCUUCUCGUUGUUGGUGCAUUGUCUCUAAAUAUACUAGUGUGUGGGAGUCUAAUGAGACCUUUGCACUCGCGCAGUUCCUCCUUACCAGCAAAAUCAUACCUUGAAAAGAUCCCAGACCAAUACCUAAUUUAUAAUGAAAAAGAAAAGAAUGUUGAUGAAGAAAAUGUAAAUAUACUUGAAAAGGCCAGUACUGAAGGAAAAGGUGUGAAUAAACCAUGCAGCAGUGAUUGUAAACAGGACUCUCUUAUGAACAAGAACAGGCUGUCAUCAAUAACAUCAAAAGAGACAGAUGUUUACAAAAUGAAAGUUGCAGAACAGACAUAUUUCUAUAAACAGCUUGCAAAAAACAAAUGGUACUUGUAUUUGGACUACAGGGAAGAAACAUUAGGUCUUUUUAAAAACAGAGUAUUUUCAUCACUUUUUGUAGCCAUCUUCUUCUUUGACAUUGGUGGAUUUCCUCCUUCUUUGCUCAUGGAAGAUAUAGCCAGGAGUUCGAAUAUUAGCGAAGAAAACCACAUCAUUCCUCUCGUUUCUAUCAUAGGCAUUAUGACUGCCAUUGGUAAACUUGCUUUAGGAAUAUUAGCAGAUUUUGAAUGGAUUAAUACUUUAUAUUUAUAUGCCUUGACCUUAAUAAUGACUUCAGUGGCACUGUUUUUGAUUCCAUUUGCCCAGAGUUACAUUAUACUGGCAAUACUUUCAGGGGUUUUAGGUUUUCUGUCAGGCAAUUGGUCCAUUUUCCCAUAUGUUACAACGAAGACUGUGGGGAUAGAGAAAUUAGCACAUGCAUGUGGUAUACUGAUGUUUUCUGCUGGACUUGGAAAUAGUCUUGGACCACCAAUUGUAGGUUGGUUUUAUGACUGGACAAAGUCCUACAACGCGGCGUUUUAUUUUGGUGGGCUUUGUGUCUUGUGUGGAGGGGUACUUUUGUUGGUCACUGCGCUGCCAUGUUGGGACAGGUUGAAUGGUAGCGACCGGCACGAAAAGCCACUUCCACAUAUUGGCUCCUACAAAGUUUCAUUCACUGCUUAGGUGACAAUGAAGAGCAAGAUAUUUUAGUAAUUUUUUCCACUUUUAUGAAGCACAAAUCCGUUUUUUUUUUUUUUUGUAUUCCCUUGACACGCUUAUAGGUUUCAUCCAGGGCCUCUUCCAUGUAUGGGAGGAAAACUCAGUGCUAGCCGUGGUAGACAAACUCCUUUGGCACAAGCUGCUCUUGCCCUUGCCCUUUCCAGCUUGUGCCUACAUAGCUGGACUUCAGCCAGUUUACCCAGUCUGGAACUCUUAAUGGGCCCACUUAAACUCAGGUGUAUAUGGAGCGCCUGCAUGAAGUCUUUCCCAUUGGUUUCAAUAUUGGAGGAGUACACGUAGACAAAAAUUAAACAAUCGUGCAAGGCCUUGCUUGCUCAGAGCUUCCUUAGGUAUGUAGAAGUAUGCUGCUCCCUGGGUCAGAGCCAGUGUGGUCUUUGUCUUGACAUUCGUUUCCCCCCCCUCCUUCUUCUUCUUACAGCACAUUUUACUGCAUUUACUCCUGCUCUUUUUGUAAUGGAACAAAAUGUAUUUUGUGCAAACUUCAUGUAAACAUUUUGAUUAUUUUUGAUAAUUAUGGCACUUGUUUCAGAAAUCUCAAUUAUUCUGUAAGGGAGAGACUUCCUUUAAAGAGAAAGCGUCCUCACAUCCACCUGAAUGUCCACAUGAAUUGGGGACGCUCGGCUGCUGGAUCAGUGCAACGCCUCCGACUGUAAGGUCUCCCUCGUUGAUGCAAAGAGGAGUUGGGCUGCAGUGCCCGUGAAGGAGUCAGUGUAGAUUUGAAGAUGCUGCACGUCACGUAUUUUACUCCUCUCUUUUCCUUCAUAAAACUCUUUCACCCUGUAUCAGCAUUCCAGUCUGGGGAACCCUCAAGACAGGAGGCCCUUCAGUACAUUGCAUGAAAACAUACCCUGUAGGCUCUUCUUCGUUUAAGAGGGAUUUUACUUCGCUUUCAGAUAUUUUAAUGCUGCCAUCAACCAAGAACUUUUCUCAUAGAAAUGAAAGGGACAAGCACAUUCAGUUUACACUUUUCCCCAUAGUUUUUGAGGUUGUGGAAACUUAUAGUCUUACCAGCUGCGAUUUUUCAUAAGUGUGUGUUAUAUGUGUUUAUGUGCUAUCAAGUCAUUUCUGACGUACGGUGAUCCUAUGAAUUAACAACCCCCAAUUUUCCUAUUAUUAAUGGCCCUGCUCAAAUCUUGCAAACUAAAGGAUGUCGCCUCAGUAGCCAUCUCAUUGUGAGUCUUCCUCUUUUCCUGAAGUUUUUCAGUACAGCAUACAUAAACCCUGCAGGCACUUCUUCGUUUAAGAGGUUUCAUUAGACUAUUUUGCAAAUCAAUGAAUAGGCCAACACGGAGAGAAGAAUCCCAAGUAUUUCUGGUUAUAACUGCCAUUUUAAGGUCAAAGAUGAAACUCUUGUCUUCCUUCAAAGAUACCACCUUUUAAACUACCUUUUAACACGUCUGUCUUUAGAUUUCACUGCAAAAGUUUUCUUCUGCAAGGCACAUCAAAUAAUCUCUCUCUCUCUGUUGGGCUGGCUUUUCUGCCAUGUUCAAAGUUACAUUUUUCCUCCUGGUUUCACUGGCCACAACUUUCUUGUACUUCAUGAUAGUAAACUUGUGCUGCCUUCUGGCACAUCUCAGACACAACAUUUUUCACACUCCUGUCUUUACAAGGAUCUUUCUUGCUACUCAGCAGUUGCAUUAAUGCAACAGCUGCCUCGCUCCUGAGGUCGCCACAUGGCCUUGAACCUCACCCUUGUUGUCAACAAAUGCUUGUGCAGCAGUUCACUGGAGGACUUACCAGCUUCCCCACUGAAUGGGGAGAAGGAACUGGUGCCAUUCCCAGCAGCAUCAAGAAGUGGCAAAUGGACUGCUUCCUCAGCACUGUGGAGGUACAGGGCUACUGGGUGGAAAGCAGUGUCCAUUGCAGGGCCAGGUAACGAAUGGUAUCAUUGGCCCACUCUUAAUAGGCACAGCAACUCGGUAAUGCUGCAGUGACAUCCCAGUACCUCUAACAAUGCCUCCUGAUGGAUAAGGUGCAAGGGGUCUUCCCAUUCAGCAGUGCUCAGCAGUGGAAGCUGGAAAUCAGCUGCUGCUUUGUUCUCUUUUGUUAAAAGAACAUUUCACUUAUUUUUCUGUUUCAUCUUCCUGAAACAUGCCUGUGCUCUGCUGUUACCUUGGGCUUUUAGGAGAGCUGUGGCCCCUCUGGCUGCUGUGGACUAUUGUGUUGUCAGGCUCCUCCUGGUUGGGGUCUGAGCCUGGGGCAUCUGCCCGCUCCAGCCUUGCCCCUUUUAAAAGGUCCAUGGAGGAACGGGCACCAGAAUUAAGUGCAGGUUGAGUCACCCCUGGGUCCCUCUCUCCCUUGCCAGUUGGUGCUCCACCCUUGCACUCCUGCAAGGUCUGGCACUUCCUCUCUGGUCACCCACCCAGCCUCCUUUGAAAGGUCCUCACCCCGGAUUUAACUGGCUCCCUCUAUUCAGUGUGAGGGAAUUGUCUUCCCCCAAUGGGAUGUUUGGCUCUCUCUGCUUCCCCACCCCUUUACAGGCCUCCCUGAUGGGACUGCCCCCUGACAUGGGCUCCCAUGUGUCUCUGCUGAAUGCUCCCAGCUGGGAAGCCAUGUGGCUGGGAAGGGAGGAGCCACCCCUCUGCUCAGUAUCCUCGCUGUUGAGCCCAGCUCUUGGGAGCCACCUCCUGAAAAAAAAUUCCUUGUUAUGGCGUAUAGGAACGUGCACUGAAAAAAAUUCCAUUCCAGUUUCAGAUCCAGGGGUUCCCAAAGUAUGCACCUUUUACUGGGUUUUUUUUCCGGCUAUGACAUUGCUAGCUCUUAUCUACUCUGGCUUUUUUCAUUAUCAUGAGUUUCAGCCCCAAUCUUUGCAGUGUAGGCUUCCAGGCUCUUUGGGGGUAACCGUUGUUUGUACUGAAUGGCAGCAAUGUCACACAGAACACAAUCCUCCAUCUAAACCAUCAACAUGCCAAGAUUUCCCUCAGUUGCAUUACAUACACAUGCACAAAAUGGGAGAGUCAGCAUGUGCACAUGGUAAGAAACUGGCAGAGGUGGCCACAUUAAAACCUAUUGUGUUUUCUGUUCACUUUUUCUUUGUCUUUAGUGCCAAUAAAUUAUUACCUUUA